AUGCCCAAGGACACAGAGAAAUAUCUUCUCUCAUGUGGGAUUAGGAAUGCACUUUACUCCAUCAGAGCUUCUGAUCUUACUGGAGAUCUUUUUGGCACUCUUGUACCAUGCCCUUUUCCGCAACAUCCUUCUGCUAGAGGUGAACCAUCUAGCGAGACUUUGACAAAGAAAUGGUCACAGGAAGUUGCGUGGUCAGAUUAUGGGACUCCGACUGCCGAAGCCAAUUUCUCUAGAUUCGAUUUCGGGGACGAAUGGACUGACCGCCGAGGGCUUGGCAUCAGAUUCUUGCUCAUCCUAGUCAUGGGUUAUCUCAGCAUUACUACCUUAGCCUACGAUUCGAGUGCCUUUAACUUAGACUGGUACCGGGCAAUUCUCAAUCAUAUUUUGGGCAAUUUUCUUGUGAAUCUGGUGAUUAUUUGA